GUCACUUACGCCGGAAGAGAAGACGGUCCUUUUCCGAGCCAUCUUGUGGCAUCAUCUAGCGAAGUGUUCGCACCAAGCCUCGUAGAAUCGGAGGAAAAUCCUGCUGAAGGGGCGCCAUCAUGCCCGGACAAAUGCAAGAAGGUUUUGGCUGCGCCAUAACCAAUCGGUUCGACCAGUUAUUUGACGACGAGUCGGAUCCUUUCGAGCAGUUGAAGGAGGCCGCUAACAAGAAGAAGGAGGCUCUUGUUCCUGGUGCCGCCAAGACAGCUGCACAAGCUGCCAAGCAACAGAAAAAGGAGACACAAAAAGAAAGAAAGAAUCCUCUUGCUGAUAUUAAGAAGGAAGAGACGCAGGCACCGGCUCCUCUCAAAAAAGAUGCAGGACCCGGUGUGAGGAGGGUGACCCGCAGACCAGAGGGCCCGGCAGGGGCCCCACAGCAGGGGGUCCAGGGGGAGGGACGCCCCCCCACAGACAGACGGCCAGACAGACGACCCGUACGCGAGCGGCGCUUUGAGAAGCCUGCCGGCGGCGAGGACAAGCCCGAGGGAGGAGAGUUCUCCGUAGAGAAGCCCGUGGGAGAGAGGCCGCUGCGAGGCCGGGGCGGGGGCCGUGGAGGCCGUGGUGUGGGGCGAGGCCGGGGCAUGGGCCGCAGUGACGGCUUCGACUCCCGGGGGAAGAGAGAAUUCGACAGACACAGCGGCAGCGACCGAUCCAGCCAGAAAGGUGAAGAGAAGCGUGGAGGAAGUGGAUCUCACAACUGGGGCACCGUCAAGGAUGAACUGAGCGGAGAGCUGGACCAAUCGAACGUCACGGAGGAAACCCCCGAGGGAGAGGAACGUCCUUCAGCAGACACAGAGAACAAGGAGAACGAGGUGGAGGAGGUGAAAGAGGAGGCCAAGGAGAUGACCCUGGACGAAUGGAAGGCCGUGCAGGACAAGGAGCGCGCUAAGGUGGAGUUCAACAUCCGCAAGGCCAAUGAGGGCGCCGCCGACAGCCAAUGGAAGAAGGGAUACGUGCUGCACAAGUCCAAGGGUGAUGAGGAGAAGAAGCCAGGUGCUGUGAUCGAGGCUGAGGUGGAGCCAGACACCACCAAGGUUGAGGACGAGCACCACUUCCGGAAGCCGGCCAACGACAUCACCGCUCAGCUGGAGAUUAACUUUGGAGACCUGGGUCGCCCGAGCCGUGGGCGCGGGGGCCCCCGAGGGGGGCGGGGGGGCCGAGGUCGCGGCGAGGGUCGCGAGCGUGAGCCCAGAGACAUCCGUGAGGUGGGGGCCGCAUCCAGGCCAGCCCGCGGACCCAGACCUGACAAGCCCAGCGGUGUGUCUGUGCCCAACGUGGAUGACCCAGAGGCCUUCCCUGCCCUGGCCUGAGCCUGCUACUCUGGGCCCCCAGACCCCUCCAGACCCCAGACCCCCAUCCACGAGGCUUGCAUGUUUUGGAUCCUUCAGCAAAAUUGAAUUGAUGGAGAAGACUGUCAUCCUGUGUGACAUUCAACUCUGAGGACUGAAUUUUACCGAUUUUAAAAAGAUGAAACAAAAAAAAAAACUAAACAAAUGAACCUUAAACACAGAAAA